AUGGCUUCCCCGAGCUUGGAGGAGGCUGCCCCUUUACUGCUUGAAGCGGGAGACGAGUCCUGUGGAAUUCUCAACGGGGAUUCACAAGACACCAUCAACUUCAAUCCCAAUGGCGACCCAGAUAAUCCGCUUGAGUGGCCAGCGCCAUUUAAAAGGGGAAUAGUGGCCCUGUUAGCCUUUACAGGUUUUACAGUCACAUUUAAUUGCAUAUCUGUAGUCCCAGUGGCGAGCCACAUCGUCAAUGAACUCGAUGGUGGCAACGGGACCAAGUCCGCCGCCGUCCUCCUUGUAACGAUCUGGGAGCUGGGCGAGGCGGCAGGUCCUCUCCUCAUCGCGCCGCUGUCCGAGAUAUUCGGCCGCUACCCCCUGAUCAACGCCUGCAACGUUCUCUUCAUCGCAACGACCGUGAUGGCAGCUCUUUCACAGAGCACGACGAUGCUGAUCACCACGCGCGCGGUGACGGGCAUGGCGGUGGCAUCGAACGUGUUGAACCCAGCUAUUAUUGGGGAUAUCUUUGUAUCCGACCAGAGAGGUGCAGUCAUGAGCCUAGUCAUGUUCGCAUCCCUCGUCGGCGGUACAAUAGGACCUGCUGUCAGCGGUAUGGUCGCGCAGAGUCUGGGCUGGCGCGCCGUCAUCUGGAUGGGCGUUGGCCUGGCCGGCAUUUGUCAGUUGGUUUUCUUCACCUGUUUCCGGGAGACAUACAAAGUUGCCAUUCUCCGAAAGAGAGUGGCAAGGCUGCAAAAGGAAACUGGAAAAAGCUCCAUCACCAGCGACUUUGGGAAAGAGAACCGUCUCGACAAAGACUUCGACGGUCUGCGGACCUCCAUCAUGCGGCCUGUGGUGGUGCUCUUUGACUCUGGCGUGCUAGCUGCCUUAUCGUUGUUCGGCGCUGUCAUAUAUUCCUAUCUAUAUAUCGUGUCUGUAACGCUCCCAGAUAUCUUGGAGGAUAUAUAUGGUUUUACCCCGGCUGAAACAGGCUGGACAUUCCUCGCAAAUGGUCUUGGCUCUUCGAUUAGCGGCGUGAUUUGCAACCUAUAUUUGGACAAGAUCUAUAUCAAGCUCCGCGCCGCCAACAACGGGAUCGGCCUGCCAGAACAUCGCUUGCCCAUAGCCAUUAUUGGAGCUUUAAUGCUUCCCCCGGCUUUGGCGCUGUACGGUUGGUCUGCUGAGUACAAACUGCCUCUAAUGUUUGUUCUUCUGUCUGUCGUCUGGAUCCGUCUGUCCUUGAUGCUAGCCUACGUGCCCCUGAUAGCGUAUGUGGUAGACGCUUGUGGGCUCUACUCGGCAUCCGCUCUGACCGGUAUCAUUGUCAUCCGGUGCUUGGCCAGCUCGUUUUUACCUCUUACCACGACACUGCUUGCUGAACAUCUCGGUUACGGCUGGGGGCUUACGAUACUUGGCGCUAUCAGUCUAGGCUUUGCAUUGAUCCCGGUACUAAUGUUGAAGCAUGGUUCUCAGUGGAGGCAAUCUUCUCAGUACACCAAAACAAUAUAGUGCGACAAUAG